AUGUCAAUACCCUUCCUUCAGUACAGUUCAACCAAUAAUACACUUCAAACUUCAAUACAGUACAGUCAGUCCAAUACUCCCGGAUCCAUCAUCGGUGCCUUCUCUCGCCAGUAUCUUCAAGCGACGUCUCGCCACUCCAAGACCAUCCCAUUUCUCCAUCUGCCUCUGCUCUGCAUCUCCACCUCCAUCUACAUCUCCAUCGCCAUCUGCUGCCGUCGUGUGGUCACUGGUCGCGGAUUAGAGGACGGAAGUGCGAGGACGUUGCGUCUGCAGAGGGACAAUUACAAAGUAUUCCAAUUUACGGUCCCUACACAGGCCCUUGCAAGCCUCCAGGAACCUAGGGACCCAGGGAUCCAGCACACCGCCCUCCCAGAGAAGCGGUGCAGAGCGCAAUACGGAGGACACGGGAUCAGGGUUCCUUUGCGGCAGAGUGAGAAUAUUCGUGAGUGA